AUGAACGCUCUUUCAUUCAAUAUAAACCACGGCUUCCUUGAGGGCGUCGUUCGCGGCUAUAAAGCUGGAAUCCUCACCCAGAACCAGUACGCUAACUUGACCCAAUGCGAAACCCUUGAAGACUUCCGAACGCAGCUAUCAGCAACAGACUACGGAAACUUCCUGGCCAAUGAGCCCCUCCCACUCUCCACCUCGACCAUCGCGGACAAGGCAACUCAAGUCCUCGUGGACCAAUUCAACUACCUGCGCGCGAACGCUGUCGAACCUCUCAGCAAAUUCCUUGAAUAUGUGACGUACUCGUACAUGAUCGACAACAUCAUUCUUCUAAUUACUGGAACUCUUCAUGAACGCGAUACUCACGAACUCCUCGAACGAUGUCACCCUCUGGGUAUCUUCGAAUCUAUGCCCGCUCUAUGCGUUGCAACUACCGUAGAGGAACUCUACCAAAGCGUCCUCGUCGAAACUCCUCUCGCACCCUACUUCCGCGAAUGUCUCUCAGCCAACGACCUCGACGACCUCAACAUCGAAAUCAUCCGCAACACAGUCUACAAAGCCUACCUCGAGGAUUUCGACAGGUUCUGCUCCACCCUAGGCGACCCGACCGCCGAAGUCAUGCACACCAUCCUCGCCUUCGAAGCCGACAGACGCACAGUCAACAUCACCAUCAACUCCUUCAACACCGAGCUCUCCAAAGAACAACGAGCUAAACUCUUCCCAUCAAUCGGACGACUUUGGCCAGAAGGGAACAACCAGUUGGCUCGGGCGGAUGAUAUGGAGCAGGUUCGACAGGCUUGUGAGAACGUCAUUGAGUAUAGGACGUUCUUCAAUGAUAUCGCUGCUUCUUCUGCCGGCAAUGGCAUCGACGAGCUCGCAGCCGCUACGCAGUUGGAGGAUAGGUUCUUCAGGAUGGAGGUCUUCCUCAACAAACAGGCGUUCUUGCAACAGUUCCAGUACGGUGUGUUCUUCAGCUAUAUCAAGCUGAAGGAGCAGGAGAUUAGGAACUUGACGUGGAUUGCGGAGUGCAUUGCGCAGGAUGCGAGGGACAGGAUACAGGAUUUCAUACCCAUCUUCUAA